AUGAAAUCGAAUGUAAAAAGUGACAUUGAGAUCGAUGAUCUAACUUGUCCGAUUACACUUCAAAUCUUUCGUGAUCCUGUAAUCGCCGCUGAUGGUCGUACAUAUGAGCGUGCAGCAAUUGUACAAUGGAUCACGGAACACGGUACCAGUCCAGUCACACGAGAGCCGCUCGAUAUUAAAGAAUUACAAGCUGACGAUUAUUUGAGAAAUUUGGCCGCUCAACAGCGAAGCUCAAUGAUGGCCUACAACAACAACAGAAAUUUUAAUAAUGCAGUUGUUCAACAGCAAAGUUCGACGAUAUCAUAUAACAAUAACAUAAAUGUUGAUCCAGCAAUUCUUACGCAAAUACAACAUAUGCCUAACAGUAGCGUAGCUUUAAUACAAAAUGCUGGAAAUCACUCUGCGUCUUGCAAUAAUUUCUGUCACAAACACCAGUUUUGGAUUGCAAUUGUGACUAUGUUUGUGAUGUGGUUUGUCUUCUUGAUCUGGGGAGUCUAUGUUCGCGGGAGAGAUCCCGCUUAUUCGAUGACAAGCACUACAAUUGCCACCAAGACUACUACAAUUCGAACUACUACAGCUGAAGAUGAGAUUCCAUUUUGGUUUGUUAUGGCCGCAUGGCGCCAAGGAUGGUGCUGUCCAGAGGAUUGGACCUGUAGUUACAGUCCUCUGAAAUGUAGUAUGUCUGUUAACGUUCCAUCAUUGAUAAUGUCUGAUAUAGAUGUAUUUGAACAUGAUUUAUUCGGGAAAGUUUCUCAAAAUUUUCCUUUAUAUCGAACUUUAUGUAUACCUAAUUCUAAGUAA